AUGGUCAUCUCUGGUAAUGAUAUGGGCACAAUUCAUAAAAUCAAACAGAAGCUGAAUAGUGCCUUUGAAAUGAAAGAUUUGGGUUUCUUGUUGUAUUUCCUUAGACUCGAAGCUGCUUAUUCUCCUCGUGGUUAUCUGUUGUCACAGCUAAAAUAUGCUUCAGAUAUUGUUUCUAAAGCUCAGCUUCAGAAUGAUACAAAAAAGGUUGAUACCCCUCUUGAGGUGAAUGCCAAAUUUCGAGCUACCGAUGGUGAAGCUCUUCCUGACCCAAGCUUUUAUAGGAAACUGGUUGGGAAACUAAUAUAUCUAACCAUUUCAUGCCCCGAUAUUGCCUAUGCAGUACAUAUGGUUAGUCAGUUUUUGAGUGCCCCGCGUUCUGUACAUCUCACUGCUAAUUUGCACAUCAUUCAUUAUGUUAUGGAUACCCGUCACUACGCCUUAAUCUUCUCCUCUUCUACCUCACUUGAGCUUCGGGCAUAUAAAGAAUCCGAUUUUAUAGGAAAUCUAAGUGAUCGCAAAUCUACCACAGGAUUUUGCAUUUUUCUCGGUGAUUCUCUCAUAUCUUGGAAAAGCAAGAAACAUAAAUGA